GGCCAGAAAUGUAAACAUAAAUGCAUUUUUAUCCAUCUGAUUCCAUUUUCAGAUGAAUCAUGAAAAAACAUCAAGAGAAUCAAACCAACUUUGCAGGAUUCAUCCUCCUGGGUUUCUCCUCCUCACCAGAUGUCCAAGGAUUUCUCUUUUUCAUCUUUCUCUUUAUGUACUUGCUUUGUGUGUUAGGAAACCUCUUAAUAAUCUUAUUGAUCUUCUCUAAUGCCAGUCUCCUCUAUGCGCCCAUGUAUUUGUUUCUUUCUCACUUGUCAUUGGCUGACAUUGGAUUUACUUCUUCAAUUGUGCCUAAAAUGCUGCAGAGCUUGGUUUCUCAGUCAAAUACCAUAUCCUUUAAUGGUUGCUUAACACAGUUGUACUUCUUUGUGAUAUUCUGUACGGCAGAUAACCUUCUCCUGACCUCUAUGGCAUAUGACCGCUAUGUAGCCAUCUGCCGACCCUUGUAUUAUACCAGAAUCAUGAACUAUAAAUGUGCUUUACGAUUAGCUGCUACAUCUUGGCUCUUGGCUCAUGCCCAUUCUUUGCUGUAUGUACUGUUGGUAUCUGAUUUUACAUUUUGUAAUUCCCAGGAAAUUCCUCAUUUUUUCUGUGACGUCCAUCCGUUAUUGAAGCUCAGCUGCUCUGAUACCUCAUUAGUUGAAAUGGUCUUAGUCAGUGAAGGUUCAACUGCCCUUCUUGGGCCCCUCUUAUUCAUUCUCUUCUCCUAUAUCUUCAUCAUAUUCAAGGUGAUGAAGAUUCCAUCUAGAUCUGGGAAGUACAAGGCCUUCUCCACUUGCAGUGCCCAUCUUACUACUGUGACCUUGUUCUAUGGAUCUCUGAUGGGCACCUACCUUCGCCCAUCCCAUACCUAUUCUGGGUCCCAGUUGAAAGUGGCCUCAAUAGUAUACACAGUGGUCACCCCAUUACUCAAUCCUUUCAUAUACAGCCUGAGGAACAGUGAGAUACAUACGGCCACAAAGAAGUUAUUUACGAAUUGGUUUCAGAAGAACUGAGUCAAAGAAAAGCUGCAGUUGCCAUGGGAGAAGCUCUGAAUCGGUGUGAAAAAAAUGAUAAAUACAGCAAUCAGUAGAAAGGUGUCUGAUGUUCUCUGACCUUUCAUCUUUUUCAUGCUUUCAUUAUUUCAUAUGCAUAAAAUUACAGAACGUGGUAACCAGUUCCAUUUGUUGUCUAAAACAGUUUAAAACUAUUGGUCAGUAUAAAAGACACAUGAUUGAAAAUUAUUAAAAUUACUAAAAUAGUAUAGUGUAAAAAUUACGGGAGUGCUUUUGGGAACUCUGGCUUUUAAAUUUAAAAGGAUAGAGGUAGAAUAUUUAUUUUGUUCUUGCCACAUCCUUAAUGUCCCCAUAUCUCUGUAAGUCUGUUUUACAAAAAUAGGCUAGGAAAUGUCAUAAUGCCUAAGGAAAAAUCUCUUUAUUUUCUACUAUGACCCUUUUUAAAUUAUUUUUUUCUUCUGCUCUCAAAUAGGUUAUUUCCAGGUUAUUUCUACAGGGAAGAUAUACAGUAAUUUUCAUACAAGCUCAAUUUCAGGCUAAGAUCAUCCUAAACACCUUUCCCCAUGAUUAAUUAUCAAGGUUUCCUCUUUUUGAAUCACACCUUUUUGAAACAAACUUUGCAUCUUUCACAUCUCUCUGCCUGUGCCAAAUCCCCAUCAAAGCUUUCCUAUAUGUACAAUUUGUCUGUGACAGCUGUUGUUGACUGUGUUUUCUUCCCACGGCUAAAGCUGAGCAAUUUAAAAAGAGUUCUCUGUUGCAUCUUCUUUUGUGAAAUAAAACUGGAAUCUAAACAUU